UGGAUACUCAUGACGCAGCCUCAGUUCUCACUCUCAUUGCGUGUCCGCUUUCUAGAGAAGCCAGUCAGCGUCAACGCAGAUCCAGAUUAUAAAAUCGCCAGACUCAGAUUGUCCCCAGACCCCGAGCAUGGGGCUCGUGGCGCCCCGAACCCUCCUCCUGCUAUUGCUAGCCCUGACCGAGACCUGGGCAGGUUUCCACUCCUUGAGGUAUUUCUACACGGCCAUGUCCCGGCCCGACAGUGGGGAGCCUCGCUUUCUGGUCGUCGGCUACGUGGACAACACGCAGUUCGAGCGGUUCGACAGCGACGCCGCGAGUCCGCGGGUGGAGACACAGGCGCCGUGGAUGAAGCAGGUGGAGCACGAGGAGCCGGGGUAUCGGGACAGGAACACGCGGAUCUACGAAAACACCGCACGGACUGCCCGAGGGAGCCUGAACAUCCUGCGCAGCUAUUACAACCAGAGCGAGGCCGGGUCUCACACGUACCAGUGGCUUUCCGGAUGCGACGUGGGGCCGGACGGGCGCCUCCUC